AUGUCUACUACUACUACAGCUCCUACUACCAAAAAGCUCACCUGGCUGGUCACAGGCUGCUCCUCGGGCUUUGGUCUCUCCCUGACCCGCGCCGCCCUGGCUGGUGGCCACAAGGUCAUUGCGACCUCACGCAACCCAUCGCGAACUCCCGAGCUGGUAGCUGACAUUGAGUCCAGAGGAGGCAGAUGGGUCCAGCUAGACGUCACCAGUCAUGAUAGCAGCGACGUCGUCGCCAGGCUCGAACGCGAGGGCGACCAUAUCGAUGUCCUCGUUAACAACGCAGGCUACUCCAUCUACGCCCCCAUUGAGACGGUCGAGGAGAAGGAAGUGAGAGCCCAGAUGGAUACAAUGUUCUUCGGCCCCUUGCGUCUCAUCCAAGCCGUGCUGCCUCACAUGCGCCAGCGGAAGUCCGGCGUGAUUGUCAACAUGAGCAGUGGUGCUGCACUGGAUGGCAUUCCCACCAUGGGGGUGUAUGCGGGCGCCAAGGCUGGAUUGGACGCCCUCACGAAGAUCCUUGCAAAGGAGGUCGACUCAUGCAACAUCCGCACCUUGACCGUCGUCCUCGGGACUUUCAAUACCAACAUGCCCAACGCCGUCGUUCUGGGGAAGACCCCGCUGCCAGAAGACUACAAGGGAACCUUCACUGAAGAGGUUCAAGGGCUACUUGUCAGUGGCAAGAUCAAGCCCAAUGGCGACAAGGACAAGGCGAUGCAGGCUGUGUACCAUGUCGUUACUGGUGAGGGAGACGGGCAAGGCCUUCAGAACGAGAAGCUGCUCCCUCUUGGAAGUGAUAUGACACCUCGGCUCAAGGGGGUCCAGGAUUACCUCGGCCAUGCUCUAGAGGUCUUUGGCUCUGUGACUAACGGCGUCGAUGUUGAUAAAGAGUAGAUUCAGGCUGGAAUCCGCGGUGGCUUUGGUUCCAGUAUGAUUAGCUCCUUAUCAAAGAUGUCUUACCCGCUUCACCCCAAUAUAUGCGACAACUCAUAUGAUUGAAGUGGGUUGUCAUUGCGUAUUUUUCGCAAGCCAGUACUGAUCUUGUAAUAGAGUAUCGUACUACCGAAGAGGUCG